GUUUUUGAGUGAAAACUCAAUGUUCAGUGAUCCAAUCGAGUUCUCAAACAUAAAGAGGCAUUCAGAGGGAACGUUUUCAAAUGACUACAGUAAAUACCUGGAGACAAGAAGAGCACAAGACUUUGUCCAGUGGCUGAAGAAUUCCAAAAGAAAUGGGAGUUUAUUCAGACGUCACGCAGAUGGGACUUACACCAGUGACGUCAGCUCCUAUCUGCAGGACCAGGCAGCCAAAGAGUUUGUGUCCUGGCUGAAGACCGGCCGAGGCAGACGAGACUAAACUCUGGCUUAGCCCCUCUGGCUGUUGCCCCUUUUUUCAAGAAGAAUGCAGCUAUUUUUCACUGAUUCUGCGACAAUGUAUGUUUCACAAUCUGUGCUGUACUUGUUCCCGUUAAUACUAUUAAAAUCCUGUUCACAAGAAGCCUUGCYGGCCUUCAGUGAUUGAAGGAAAUGUUGCAAAAUACAUAUGGCUCAUAAAUAAUGUUGAAAAUUUAAAGAAAAGUUUUUUCCCUCUAUUCUSUCAUUUUUAUCUUUUUGUUCAAAUAAAUUUGUAAUGUCCUCACUGAUUUAAA